AUGGCUUCUUUGCCACAGAACAUCCGUGGUUCAGCGUCCCAAUUGUUCUUCCAGGAUAAACAAACAUCCCAGUACGCAGCUCAACUGGCAAUCUCGAAGCUGGCCCACCCGGAUCGAGCUAUCUUGGCCACCUUUGUGGAAGAUGCUGCCGAUCCUGAGGUAGCUGCGAAAUAUCUCCUUCGCGAAAUAUCCCCAGAGGACAGCUCAACAGAGCAGCCCCUAGUAACCUUGGACGAAUUCCUUUCAAGAUGGAAGACACUCGUCGAAAAGUUUCGUCCCGUACAGGCAGUUGAGCUCUCCAGCGAUACCAAACUGACCAUAUUCAAUCGUGAUGGAGGCUGCUGUUGUGUCACAGAUAUAGCCUUCAAAUCACCUUCAGAUCCGAAUCUUGUUUUUAUACACAUCGUUCCUCCCUCCGUGUUCACGGAUCCCAGUUUGUCAGAAGGCGCGCAUAUUCGCAUAUCAUGCGAUUGUAGCUAA